AUGGCGCCCGACUCCGUCCGCGUCACCACGCGACACACGCUGCACUGCGCCAAUGAGGCGACAAUGGCCACGUUGGAAUCCCCUUUCUGCUUAGGCCCGAUGGACUACAUAGUCCCAUCCACAUUGCCCAUCGAAGUAGUCUUCAUCUACAAGAGACCCAGAUCAUUACCGGCGGAUCGAUUCUUUGUUGUUGAUCGACUGAAGCAAGCAAUAUCCCAUCUUCUCGACUACUAUCCUCACUUGACUGGUCGACUACAGCUACAUCCCAAGACUCAUGCUCCACAGAUUGGUCAUUUGGGAGCUGGGGUAGACUUUUGGGAAGCAUCUUGCAGCACGGCUCUUCGAAAUAUUGCCGCGUCAAGUCUGUCUGGGCGCAUCAUCACCCCGAAGCUCCCCGGUUAUGGUGACGCACUUCUCCCUAUCUUUCACGCGACAGUGGGCUCGAUCUCACACAACGCCAUUCUUGCUGUUCAGCACACUCGGUUUGCCUGUGGAGGAGUGAGCCUGGGAAUCCGGAUCCACCAUCAGGUUUGCGAUACCCGGGGUUUCUUCCAGGUCGUACGCGACCUUGCUGAGAUCUACAGACAGCUGCGCGACUCUUCUCCGCCAACGCUAAUCUAUCCCCCUGAGAUCCGCUCUCACUUUCGAAGCUCUAGCGAGCUGUCUCCAAGAAAAGAGGGUAAACGUCUUACGUUAAACACAUCAAACUUUUAUCUUGAACGUGAAAAUGAUACAAAAGUCAAAAAGGAAACACACCAACAAAGGACGGCCCCGGUUUCGGCUCGUGUACUUCGUUUCGACGGCCAAGAUCUUGCCGCGUUGAAGCAAGCCGCGACCAAUCCUGAUCCCCGAAGCGACACGUGGGUCUCUACAUUUGAGGCCCUCUCGGCAUUCUUAUUCCAACGAGUGUAUAAGGCCAGGGUUGAACUCCGGGAAACACUUGGUCACUCUCCCCAGGAUGUCCCAUGUCACUCACUUCGCCAACUCUCCACAGCGAUGGACAUGCGGGACCCAGAUCGCCUGAACUUACCUCCACGCUAUUUGGCCAACGCUGUCCACUGCCUAUCAACCCCUGCAUCGCACGGGAACCUCAUGAAAGGCUGCCUCUGGUACAUUGCAAGGUCAAUUCAUUAUGCCAUUCGCUCCGUCGAUAAAACGGAUGUCAAAGAAGAAUUUCAAUGGAUCGCUGCACAGCCUGAUCAACGUCGCGUGAAGUCCACCGAAACAUUCCCGGAGGGAUCUAUUGCUGUCAUACAAUGGACUAGGGAAAAUACCUAUGUUGGCACCGAUUUCGAGGUUCGCCGGAAUGGUAAACCUGUCUCGCCCUCGUUGGUCUCCCCGCCUCUCAGUGGGGCUUAUCUGAUGGAUGGUCUGGCGAUGGUCAUUCCAACGGAGGAGAAGGUAUCUGCAGGCAGAGUAAACACCAAUUCCCCGGUUGGGUCAGACAUGCCAUAUGCCGUCGAUGUAAACUUAGCACUCAAUGACCAAAUCUGGCCAUAUCUCGAGCGUGAUAUCAAUUUCUUGAAAUACAUUUGUUGA